GGUUGGUUUAGAGCUACGUCAUUGUCGAUAUAUUACGCUGUGCAUUCUGUUCACAAUUCCCUCGGGAGGCUAAUAACUACACGUUCUGUCCUUGGGGAGUUGAACGGCUCACAAACUCUUCACGUCAACAAAGAAACCUGCGACUUGUGACCGCGACCCGUUUCAAAGCCCAAAAAACCGGCAAACCAGCGGAAAGUGAGUCAGAUCAACUGCACUCGAGCAGUAAAACAGAAGUUACGACGUAUUGAGACAGAAAUUUCAAGACCAUCAGACAACGACCGUAGAAGUAUUUCUAAAGUUUUAAACUUGAUUUUAAAACAUUUAUGCAGGAAAAUAGCGUUACUUCACCGCUGAAGGAAGAAACGGUAACCAUUGGUUGGUUGACCACCAUGGAAAGUAAUCAAAUGCCCAGGUUGGCUAUAUUUUUUUGGUCGCGAGAACUGAUUUCCUCCUCAACAGCGCGCCGCUCAUUUACUCGGCCACGUGAUAAUCUAUGUUCUCGUGCACUUUUAUCCCUAACGUUGUCAAAAGGUUUUCAGUCGUUCGUUAAUUGUUAUGGUACUUUUUGCGCACUUUUUUCCUUCCAGUGGUUGCGGUUUGGCCAGGGCACACUUUGAAAAACAGCCUCCCUCUAACCUUCGCAAGAGCAACUUCUUCCACUUCGUACUGGCAUUUUAUGAUCGCACGGGGCAAGCGGUGGAAAUCGAACGUGCUGCGUUCGUUGGUUUUAUCGAACAUCUUCCUGUAAGUUUUUCUAAACAUUUUGACUUUUCCGCCGAUAAGCAACUGUUGUCACAGCUCGAGGUUCUUGAUACGGUUUUUUUCUUACCCAUUUCCUUGUAACAGGAUCAAAAGAAUGUCCGAAAUGGAGCUUCGUACAGACUUCAACUUCUCUACAGCAACGGUGAGUUGUGUUGUUCAUUUCCCGGCCAUGUGAGUGGAGUGAUGGUUCGUCGAAGUGUGUACGAACCAGACUGAGCUCGUUAUCAAAUUAAGAAGGACUCCGGUGGGAAUAUGAAAUUCACUUGUGGAAAAUAAGCGUCGACAGGGGAAAAGUGAUCCAUGGUCUUCAGAGACAUAUUUUGUUCCGGUGUAUUAACCAGACAUUGGUCGUCGGGUUUUAAUACUUUGGUUGUCUUCUAACGGAAUGCGUCAGUCUGCGCCCUCGAGUAUUUACUCAAGUUGCCAAGGGACUUGCUUUUUCAAACAAAACUGUACAAGUUGUUUGCCGUGCCCAAAGCAUUGGUUUCAGUUGGUGACAAAUGAAUAAGCGAAAAAUAAACAUUCAAAGUGGGAGAAAUGUGAGAAGCUAAAACUGCAAAUAUAAGGGCGCGCUCGCGCUCGCAAUCGUUUGUUUAAUUGCCCCGUCAAAGAUGCGUAGCGUGGUAAACUAAUAAACUUAUACACAUCCCUUUAAAACUCUCACCAGGUAUUAGAAGUGAACAAGACAUCUUUGUUCGCCUUAUUAACUCGGCAACGAAGCAGGUACGUAUGGGGUAAUUAAAUGUAAAAUCUGACUUGUCGAAGAUGAGUUUGUACCAGAAAAAUAGAUGUUAUCAUAUUUUAGUUCACUACGUUUUAAAUCUGGUAAUUAACAUUCUUUUCCAGUUCACAUAAAUGACCCAUUAUAUUAACCAGUUUGGACGGAAAGUUCCGUUCGACCUAAAAUUUGUUUGUUGGUCUUGUCUUGCAGGACAUAGUAGUGGUGUAAAAUGUGACCCAGUUCUUACUGAUGUCCUUUUGACCAGGCAAUUAUUCCUGUCAUCCGUGAGCCGAGCUUUCAUAAUUUUACCAAAAAACACAAUGUUGUUUUUUGAUCUUAAAAGGCUUUUUAAUGAGAGGGCUUCUUUGUAUGUGCCUCCCCAAAAAUUAUUUGGAGAAGUUAAGAAUCUUCUAGGAAACCUCCUGCUUGUCUUUUUAACAGUGAACAAAAACCGUGUAUCUCUUUUGCGUUAUAUUAAAAGUUGAUUAACUUUGUUUACUUCAGCCUAUUGUAUAUGAAGGCCAAGACAAAAAUCCAGAAAUGUGCCGUGUCCUUAUGACACAUGAAGUUAUGUGCAGGUAAUUAUUAAUUUCUCAUCCAGUUUUCAGUGUCUCAAGUUUGUUUGGGGGCUGUUGGGCCUUUUUAAAGCUCUGGAAAUUUCUUGCUCAUUAUAACCAAAAAAAGUGAAGUAUGGUGUUGAAUACUAAUUAUGUGUUUCAUCUUUUGUCCGCCCUUGUUUAUAGUCGAUGCUGUGAAAAGAAAUCGUGUGGUAAUAAGAAUGAAACCCCAUCAGAUCCGGUUAUAGUGGACAGGUAUGAAACUGUAACAUAUUGUAAUAAAUGUUGUAAGAUUUGUUCCCAUGUGGUGUUAGCUAAUAAAAAAUCUUCCCUGAGGGGACUGUUUAUCUUACUUGACUGAUUUCAUCUCCAAAAUAAUGCAUUCCAUGUCUUAUUCAAACACAGUCAAAGAAACAGAUUACUAGUAGUACAUUGAAAUGUGUCAAGUAUGGUUAAUUGU